AAACUACAAUUAUUAGAUAUGGUUUGAAUUAGAAGUCUGAUAAACUUCCAUAUGUUAGAAGAUAAACUGAAACUUCUUCUAAAAAAUCAAGAAAAGAAAUUCCUAUGGCUCCGCCCACCGGAGAUGACGUAGCGCUACGUACAGCGUUUCAUGACUGUUAAUUGGAUGAGAAGCAAUUCCGAGUCCGAACGUGGCGGGAGUGAACAUAACGUAAACAAGGCUCAACGAGCGGGGUAUAAACAAGUUAAAAAGUCACUUGAGUAUGAGUUUGAGUAUGAGGCAAACAGUUUCAGCGAUGGACAAAGGAAAACGAGCCAGAGUGGAACUAGAAACCGUUAAACGGAGGCGUAAGAGGUCAAAAACCGCCGGGACAGAAGGUCGAGUACAUGUUGAAGUUACUAAAGAUGAUGUUUCUUCUUCUCCCUCCUCGUACCACACCUUCCCUGACCCAGCGCGUGUUGUGCAGCUGCGCUCUGAGCUCCUGCGCUGGUACGAUCAGGAGAAGAGAGAGCUUCCAUGGAGGACUCUGGCUGAAACUGAACUGGACGUCAACAUCAGAACAUAUGGAGUGUGGGUUUCAGAAAUCAUGCUACAACAAACUCAAGUUGCUACAGUAAUAGAUUACUACGUCAGCUGGAUGAAGCGCUGGCCCACAGUGCAGGAUCUCGCAGCUGCUAAACUAGAGGAAGUGAACCAGAUGUGGGCGGGCCUUGGCUACUACUCCCGUGGAAAAAGGCUGCAUGAAGGCGCUCAGAAGGUGGUGACAGAGCUGAAGGGUCACCUGCCUCGGACAGUUGACGGCCUGUUGAAGCAGCUUCCUGGUGUGGGACGCUACACUGCAGCGGCUAUAGGCUCCAUUGCGCUGGGACAGGUUACUGGAGCUGUGGAUGGAAAUGUGAUUCGGGUGUUGUGUCGGCUGAGGGCUAUCGGUGCUGACAGCACCAGUCCUGCAGUGACAGAGGCACUUUGGACUCUAGCCAAUACCCUAGUGGACGAAGAGAGACCAGGAGACUUCAACCAGGCUAUGAUGGAGCUAGGAGCCCGAGUCUGUACACCUAAAAGUCCACUCUGCAGCCAGUGUCCUAUACAGCCCCACUGCCAUUCUUAUAGCAGGGUUCAUCUCAAACAAGAACAAACCUCGAAGAAACUCUUGGGGAAGCUAAGCAGGAAAGCUUCAGUGCUCCCUGAUAUUGAAGACUGCACGAGUGGUGGAACGUGUCAGCUGUGUUCCCUGGAGCCCUGGAACGAAGAGCUGGGUAUUCACAAUUUUCCCAGAAAGCCAGCGAAGAAGCCGCCCCGAGUUGAGCGAACUUUGACCUGUGUGGUGGUUAGACAGGGAGUGGAGGGAGAGGAGGAGUACCUGCUCACACAAAGGCCAAACAAAGGUUUGUUGGCUGGCCUGUGGGAGUUUCCAAGUCUUCUGCUGGAGGGUGAAAACCCCAGGGCAAGUCAGAAGAGGACACUCUGUGCUGAGCUCAGGAGGAUGCUGGGAACCCAGUUAACAGAGAACCUCUUCCAGUAUGUGGGGGAGGUGGUUCAUAUCUUCUCCCACAUCCACCAAACCUACGUGGUUCACAGUGUGCGUCUGGAGGACGGCGACUCACAAACACAGACUGAAAACGCACAGUGGCUCAACAGAUCUGCUCUGCAGGAAGCUGCUGUAUCUACGGGGGUGAAAAAGAUUUUCAAGCUUUAUGAUUCUAUGGACACUAGAAAUGCAGGUACCUCUACGAAUGGAAAGAAGCAGAAAAACCCUUGUGUCAAAAAGGAGUCAAAAAAUCCCAAGAAAGGUCCAGCACACGGCGGCAGCAGCAGACAGCUGUGCCUCAGCUCCUUCUUCAAGGCAGUGAAGGAGGAGCCGUCUCCUUAGAGUCUCUGUGGACAUCCUGGUGUUUCCAAGCUAAUAGCUUAGGAAUGAACGAUGGGCCACACUAAGUUUGAAAUUCUUAUAAUUUAGUCCAGAAUGCUACACUGAUAGUGUGUUCAGUGUGGUGUAUUUUAAUAUUUUUUGAUCACUAUAUGAGUAUAAGAUGUACAAUUUUAUGUGUAUGCUUAAAAACAGUUCAGGACUAUAAUCACUGUAUUAACAUUAUAUUUUGACCAACAUGUACUAACGUGUGUAUGUCUGCUAUGUGUUUCUUGCUAAAUUAAAAGUUGUUUUUAUGGAAGAGUGGAUAACUACAAGUACCCUUCACUGCUCAUCAUCUAACAUCAAAUUAAAUUAUCAUCAUUCUUU